GUUACAUAUUAUAAAAUUUAUAAAGCUAAAAACUAUGUUAUUUGUUAUUUCUUGUGAUGUGAUUUAUCAAUAAAUACUAAUGAAAGGACAAACAAAUUUAUUAUAUUAGUUCAAAUAGUAUAUUUAUAGUAUAGUUUAAUGUAUUGCAGAUAUUGUGUGUAUGCCGAAUUCUAUAUUAAUGGAGAAAGCUUUGGUCAUGGAGGACAGAUCCAAUAUUUUAAGGCGGAUGAAAGUCUGCCGUUUCUGCCUUUGUAAUGAAGAAAAUGAUUUAUUAAAUAUACAAGAAAAACAUGUACAGGACCCUGAUAUUAACAUUCCGCUACCUUCUUUGCCAUUACAAAUUAUGGCUUGUGUAGCUAUAGAAGUACUCCAAAGUGAUGGAAUGCCUCAAUUUAUUUGCAAAAAUUGUCGAAAUAUUACUACACAAGCAUAUAUUUUUAAAACGAAUUGUAAAAAAUCAGACGAUGCACUUAAACUGUUUCUCCUUACAGGCCAAUUGUCAAAGCCUUACAUGCAUAAUGUGGUUCAAAUUAAAGUAUCCCCUGCUUCUGAAAAAUGUAUCUCUAUAGUACAGGAAGAUGAAGAGAUUGAGAAGACAGAAAUAGUUACUACUACUGUUAUGGAGGGAGACACAAAGAUCAAUAAUGCAGCAGUAGAAAUUGAUGAAGCAGAAAAUGAUUGCUUGGCUGAGGAAACUCUAGAAGGCACAGUUGUAGAAGUAGAAAAUGAAACUGUAGAAACAGUGGAAACUUCUUGUUUUCCCUGUAACCAAUGUGACAGAUCAUUUCCAUUACAACAGUUAUUAGAUUUACAUAUGGAAAAACAUGCUAAAGAAAGAAACUUUGAAUGCGAUGUUUGUCUUAACAAAUUUUACACUAUAUAUGACCUGCAAAAACAUUCACUUAUUCACAAUCCUGAUAAGGGAUUUGAAUGUGCGGUUUGUAACAAAUCAUUUAAUAGGGUAUCAAUUUUAAGAAAACAUGAGAAGAUUCAUAAAGAUGUAGAAUGGCACACAUGUCCUAAAUGUGACAAAUCAUUUAUGUCUAAAGAAAAUCUAAAUUAUCAUAUGCAUGACCACAAUAAAAAUAGACCAUUCAGUUGUAAAAUCUGCAACAAGAGUUUUGUUUUUAAACAGGGCUUAGAGCGUCACGAAGUAAUUCAUAGUAACAAUAAGCCUCACAAGUGCAACUACUGCGAUGCUAGCUUUAUUUCAGCCAUCAAACUCACCAGACACAUUACGUCGCACGCUGGACUUCGACCAUAUCCGUGCAAAAUAUGUGGAAGAACCUUUCUUCUUAGUCAUCACUUGACUCGACAUAUGCGCAGCCAUUACUCGUCCAAUCCCACAGAAACUAUUAUAGGACAGUACAAGUGUGACAUAUGUAGUAUGGCUUUCCGAAGAAAAGAUUCAUUGAUAAAUCACAGUGCCAUACACUCUAUGGUUAACCUUAAAUGCGUCAUUUGCAAUACGACAUUUGAAACAGUGGAGUUAGUGAAAGAGCAUAUUACUACACAUUUAGCUAGUCUUCCAUUCCCCUGCGAUAAGUGCGAUUACAGCUUCGAAACUGAAGAGCAGCUAGAAGAACAUGAACUAAGGCAUGCUGAAAUGGAAUAUGAAGAACAGAUUGAAAAGGAAGUGUUUUCUGAAAGCAUUAUGCAAAUUACAAAGCCCUCGCAGUCUGAGGAGGAAGAUGAAGCAAUGGAGGAAGACAUGGAAGGAACUGAAAUCUCCCAAUUUACAAUGGUUGAUAUAAACAAUCCCGCAGCUGGCGUUAGACCAACUGUUACUACCACUAAGAAUGUUGCCAGUGCCGAGGAAAUCGUAGGAGAAUUUUUGAAAGACGAAUUCGACCCAGACGCGGAGCAGUCAAGAGAAUACGAACAAGAAGAAGUAGAAGAAGUGCCAAUCGAGCCUCUUAAACCUAUUGUUCGACAAGAAGGAACGAAAGUUUAUCAGCGUAAAAAUGUACAUAUGAGAACACUACCUGAAAUUAGAAUGACUCCCUCACUGAUGGAAUCUAAGUCAACAGCUGCCUUAACGGAUAUUGCUAUGCCUGAUACGAGCACCAAUUUGUUGGGAAAUAGAACUGUAAAAAUGGGAGAUAAGAUGGUGAAAGUUCAGAAAUUUAUUCUGACUACAGAUGAAAUGAAAGCUAUGGCAAAACAAGGAAUAAUCGAGUUAAGAGGAGGACAAGUGGUACUAAGAAGUAAAGGUCAGCAAGUACUUAAUGCCAGCAUUAAAUCAAUUGGCAAGAACGAAAUCGACUCAUUGUUGGAUAAAAGGGCUAAGAUUCAGCUGAAGAAGUAUGAUAAGAAGAUUGUUUCAGGUGGUACCAAUGAUCGCAAAGAUUAUGCUGGUGUGUGAAAAGAGACUUC